UAUGGCCGACAAACAAAAGGCCUUUGUGUGUUUGCCCAUGUGUCAUAAAGAGUCCAGUCAGCAAAACACAUUGUUGUCUUGCUCAGAAAGACAAGAACAAGCAUUAUAUUCAAGGAUGGCAAGGUUACUAACCCUGCUCAUGGGUGCGCUGUUGUUAGGCGUUGCUCAGUGUGAGUUGUUUACGGCCAUUGCUCACAUGGAGGGACUCUUGGGACUGGAGAGUGAACUAUUGACCUCUCUCAACUCGUACAUCACUAGAGAGAAGGACAGAAUACAGCAAUUGGAAUCAUUUGCUGACCAAGUGAGUGGCAUCCACAAUCUAAUGGAUGAGGUUGAUCCAACUAGUCAUCUCCAUAACCCAGUCAACUCACUUCAUCUGGUGGGCAGAUUCACUAACAAUUGGGGGAACCUCGCUGACCUCGUCUAUCAGGAUAACUCUCAUGACCUGAUGGCCAACCUUUCUGUAAACAACUACCGUCUUCCCACACAAGAGGAUUUCAACGGAGCCAUGACAGCUGUCAUGAGACUACAGGACACUUACGACCUACAACCCCAUGAACUAGCCUCAGGGAACCUCGGCAAAGAAAAGAGCUUGUCCAUGGAUGCAUUGGACUGUUACCGUGUGGGUAGACUUGCUUAUGAAGAAAAGAACUGGAAGAAAGCUCGUGACUGGAUGAAAGAGGCUCUCCACAAAUUCGAAGAUGGUGGUGACGUUGAUCUGGUGUCCAUCUACGAUCACCUUUCUUUUUCCGAGUACUCAAUUGGAAAUCUGAAGAGAGCUGCCGGGUACAACAAAGAUCUGCUACAAAAUGAGCCGAAUCACGAGCGAGCCCUGUCCAAUAUGGCGUACUUCAACACCCUCAAGGAUGAGAAGCCAGACGAUUUCAUCGACCAGGAGAUUCCCAUGAACGAGGACGACCGUCUGGAGAUGAGUGAGAGGGAGAUAUACGAGGCCACCUGUCGGGAGGGACGUCCCUACCCCACUGAGAUCGAACGCAAGCUGACCUGUUUCUAUUACAAUGGUGGUAACAACCCUCGGCUGAUCAUCCAGCCCGUCAAGGUGGAGGUUGUCUAUCUAGAUCCACGGAUAUAUAUAUUAAGGGGGAUUGUCAGUGACAGAGAAAUAGAGCGACUGAAAGAACUCGGAGGCCCCGUGCUGAAGCGUGCUACGGCUAGGAACUGGAAAAGCCAACAAUUUGAGCCAGUCAAAUACAGAAUCAGCAAGAGUGGUUGGCUGAGCCCUGCCGAUGAUGACCAGGGCUAUUUGGUCAAGAUUGAUCAGAGGAUAGAGGACUUCACUGGGCUCACCAUGGAAACAGCAGAGCAGUUGCAGGUGUGCAACUAUGGGAUAGGAGGACAUUAUGAGCCACACUAUGACUUUGCCAGGAAUGAUGAGGAUGCUUUCACUAGUCUCGGAACUGGUAACAGGAUGGCCACAGUACUGUUUUAUAUCAGUGCUGUAGAGAGAGGUGGAGCAACAGUGUUCACUGAACUGGGCCUCAGAAUAGCACCCUCGAAGGGCGAUGCUACAUUCUGGUGGAACUUGAAAAAAUCGGGAGAGGGUGACCUUCGAACCCGGCAUGCUGGGUGUCCUGUGCUAGUGGGCUCAAAAUGGGUGUGCAAUAAGUGGAUUCACGAGAGAGGUCAAGAGUUCAGACGGCAAUGUGAUCUCAACAAAAACCUUUAGUCUGUGUGACCAUGCAAUCAGAUACCAUUAAGUUUUUGUGUUCUGACUAUAAUCUAUAUCUAAAUCACACUAGUACAUGUGACUGUACUCACACACAUAAUUUAUUGUGUGAUUGCUGUGACUGUUAACAGUUAUGUUUGAAUCACUCUCAAAAUUAAUGUAUUCCUAUGAUCACUAUAAAAUUAUUAUUAUGCAUGUGAA